UAUCAUAAAUACACAUUUCUCCUUCAGGACUCAAGUCCAAAUUAUGUAUAGAAAAAAAAGAUACGUGUAUUCAGUGUUUUCGCGUUUACUAAAUCAACCGAGUCACGGAGAUUGGCCUAGAUUGUGCAUACGACAACGAAAUUUGGAUUUUCGAGUUGCAUUGGAUUCUCGCGUUUGAGGUUCUUCACGCCUGCUAGCUCGAUUCUUCAUUUUCGUCCAUUAAUCUUGCUAUUUGAGAUUGGAUAUUGGUUUCUUUACAUUCCAAACUUAGUUGGGGUGUAAAUUCUCCAAUUAUCUAGCUUGAACUUCGGAUUUCUGGACUGCUUUUGCUUAAGUACACACUCGGAUUUACUGUUCACGCAGGCAGGUCAACGCCUCUCUCUCCAUUUCCUCUUGAUCAAUCUUUGAUUGGGAGGUGAUUUUAGCUUCUAUUUGGUGUGAGGAUUAAGCAAAUAUACUUAUUUCAAACAUCAAGGCAAGUUGAUUUUCCCAUCUUCACCAACGGCUCUUUCCUUUCCUGUACACCGAAGCUUCAAAGACGAAACCGUACUCAUGGUUACUUAGAAGAAGUGCUGUAUCCAAGCUCCCUCUUGUACUCAUGUCUACUAAAAAAAAGAAGGAUGUGAUGGCACCUACUAAAUCUUCAUCUCGGCUCAAGGCUAAGCAAAACAGGGACACCGACGAAAUUAUUCAGAUAACUGCGCAGGACAAAGCAGACUCAGUACAACUUCAACAAAAGACAUCACUAGACCACGUACUGGAUGGGGUCUCCUCUACUGUUCUGGAACCUAUCCUGGAGGUUUCUUGUGAAGAGGAUGUCCAGUCCUUGGACACAAAUGUGGAGAAUACUCAUGUCAGCAAGGAUGUAAUUCUGGAGGUAACAUCUGCACCCCAAAAUGAUGGCUUAGGCAUAAACAUUGAUGAGGAGGCUCUUAUACCAAUUUUAGAUGAUAAUUCUCUUGAGCAUGUGGUUGUUGAGGAAGGGGAAUAUGUACUUGAUCCUAGUGUGAAGGAACUCUUGGAAAAGGAGGCAGCUGAAGCUCUGCAAAUAACUGAACAAACUGAGGUGGCACAGGUCAAUGAAACUAAUGGUGUUAUUGUGCCGGUGGUAAACAAGGCCGCGACUUUACCUGCCAGCCAGACCGCGCCACUACUUGCCAGCCGGACCUCGGCAUUACUUCCCAGCCAGGCCGUGGCAGUACCCAGCCAAACCGUGGCAUCACAUAGCCAGGCCGCGGCAUUAUCUCGCCAGCCUGCGGCAUUACCUUGCCAGGCUGCGGCUUCACAUUCUGCCAGGGAGAUUGCAGUCUUGGGCGAAAACAAAUGGGGGAAACCUGGCUCUAAACCCUCAUUUGUUUCACUUUUUAAGGACAAUAGGGAACCCGAUAAAGGUAUGAAACUAAGGUAUAUCGAGCCUAAAGGAGACAUCAUUGACUUAUCUACCCGGGUACUACCAUCCAUGAUUGCUAUUUGGGGUCAUUGUCUUGUUGGUUAUUUUGAUAAUGGCUACCCCGGUUACAAGAAUUUGCAAAUCCUUGUGCAAAAAUGGGCUGUCCCAACACGGUUUAGGAGCCACGAUAAAGGGUGGGUUAUAUUCAAGUUCCAAAAUGAGAAAGAUAGAGCUAAAGUGCUCAUGGAAGGGCCCUAUACUUUGUUUGGCAAGACAUUUCCAUUGAAAUUGCUUUCGGAUGAUUUCUCUAUGAAUGAUGAUGAAUUCCUUAAAGUGCCUAUUUGGGUACAAUUCCCACAUCUUCCAAUGAGAAUAUGGGAGGAAGACAUCAUUAGUGAAGUGGCAUCAAAGGUUGGCAUACCUUUAACUACGGAUAAAGUUACACUUGAGAAAGCUAGAUCUAACUUUGCAAGAGUUCUAAUUGAAGUUGAUGCCUCCAAACCGCCCCCACUUGAACUCAAAAUCAAGUUACCAAAUGGCAAGCUACACACACAAUAUGUGAGGUAUGAGACCUUUCCAAAUUAUUGCUUUAAUUGCAAAGAGUUUGGGCAUCAUGCUUUUACAUGUCCUAUUAUUGCCGAGAUUGAAAGGAAAGAAAAGGAAGAAGCUAUAAGGAAGGGCAAAGGCAUUAUGGUGCAAGAUGGGGAGCCCGAGAGGAAUGCAAAAACAGUGACCGAAAAAGAAGUAGAGGGUGCCGAUGGGGCUGCCAAAACAGUGACCGAAAGGGUGGAAAUUGAAGAAGAUAGUGAUCUUUUUGUCACUAAAAGAGAUCAUCCCUUCUUUAAGAGAUUUCGGUUUUUUAAAUGGGGAAAGAAGAAGCCUAUAAGAGGUGAGGGUGGCACAUCCGAUUUCAAGGAUGGUGAUGAUGUACUUAUCCGUAAAGUACAAAAAUUUCAUGAUACAUACCAAGAUGAGGUGAUAGUUCAAAUGGAAACCGAGGAGGUGCUCAUGCCUAGUAUCAAUGUUACACACAUGAAACAUGUAGAUAAGGAUGCUACUAUUAUCAAGAUGGACCAUCAUCUCAAGAUAGUAAAGGAAGAUCAACCCGGAAUGCUUUUCACCAAACAAUGCCUUGAAGAUCUUCCCGGAAUAACAACAAGAGACAAAGAAUAUACCUUUGAUUCCUCCUUUAUGAGGGCUGUUUUUAGACACUAUUUGUGCCGGUAUUAUGAAGAGGGCUGCCCGAGGGGAAAAGCAUCACUUGUGAAACGGCCAAGUAUGAAAGACUUUGACAAAGUACGUGUGGUGAAUGAUAUUAGGGAUGCAUACCGUGAUGAUGUCAUUGUUAAGCUUGAACUUGGCAAAGAUAAUCUACCUUUGAUUCACCUACUACAUUCCGGUGAAGUUAAAGAUCAAAUGGUGCGGCUUGAUAACUACUUGAGAGUCACCCAAGAUGAGCUUACCGAGGGACUCACAUUCACGACCAAAUGCUUGGAGGCUAUCCCGGGAGUCUUUGAUACGGAAUAUGGGUAUGAAUUUAACUCUUGGUUUAUUGAAUAUCCAUAUACUUUGUUAUAUCUUACUAGGUAUAAAGCAAGAGCUAAGCCGAGCCCUAUCGUUGAAAAAAAUGAGGUGAGGCCGAGACACCAAGGGAAGAAAGGAGGGAGGAGGAACAACAACAAAAGGUCUUGAUGAUUGUGUCCGCAUGGAAUAUAAGAGGCCUCAAUAAGGUCUCCAAACAAAACUCUAUCCUUAAGUUUAUUCGCACUAAUAAUAUUCAUUUGUGUUGUCUUCUUGAAACCAAAAUGACUACUACUAAUUUUGUUAAUUUUAGUUCAAAUAGAUUACCUUCUUGGCUAUCUAUUACUAAUUUUGACAAAAUUGAUGGUGGCCGUAUUGGCAUAAUUUGGGACCCACAUUUUGUUCAUAUUAAUGUACUUGAAAUUGAUAAACAACAUGUGCAUCUUAGCGCCACAUGUAAGGUUACUCAAAUUGAGUAUCUUGUUACUUUUGUGUAUGCUCUCUACACGGUUCUCAAUAGAAAAACCCUUUGGGAUCAUCUAGCAAACUUGGAGCCUACCAUUAAUAGCCCUUGGCUAGUAAUGGGAGACUUUAAUUGUGUUGGAUGCCCGAAUGAGAGAGUGGGUCCUACCCCUCCCUCGGCUUAUAACAUGCAACAUUUAAAUGAUUUUAAAGUGCAAACUAAUCUUGUUGAUUGUCCAUCCACGGGCCAAUUCCUUACUUGGAAUAGGGGCUCGCUUUGGGCUAAACUAGAUCGAGUUCUCAUUAAUUCCUUUUGGUCAACUUUGGAUAUUGAGUGCAAAACACAUUUUCAUGACUUCGAACUUGAAUCCGAUCAUGUAGCUUCCAUGGUUUCCAUUGGGAAAACUUGUGGGGCUGCCUCUCGGCCAUUUAAAUUUUUUAAUAUGUGGCUAAACCACGAAAAUUUCAAUGCCAUCCUCACUACCCAUUGGGAUAGAGAGGUUUAUGGAAGUUCUCAAUUUAUUUUAGCCAAGAAAUUGAAGGACCUUAAAAAACCACUUAGGGAACUCAACAAACUUCACUUUGGCCACAUUUCCGAAAGAGUUAAGGACUCCAAGAAAGAGUAUAAAAGGCUCCUUGGGCUUUCUAUACUCUCUCCUUUGGAUGAAACUAUAAAGGAAGAACUUUUAUUGAUUAAGAAAAAACUUCUUAACCUUAAAGUAGCCGAAGAAGAUUUCUUUAAGCAAAAGGCCAAGGCAAAUCAUCUUGUUCAAAGUGAUAAAUGUACUAAAUACUUCCAUGCUAUUGUGAAAAAGAAUAUGGCUAGAAAUUCCAUUACGGCUUUAAAACUCCAAAAUGGGAUUUCUACCACUUCUAUUGACCAAGUUGCUACGGAAUUAGUGAAUUUUUAUACUAAUUUAUUUGGUGCCUACUACCCCACUUCCGGGUUGGACCCCUCUGUGGUGGCCUCGGGUAGAUGUUUACCCGCCUCUGCCACUCCUGGCUUGGUUGCUCCUAUCACCGAUUUGGAAAUCAAAGAGGCCUUGUUUGAUAUUGGUGAUAACAAAUCACCGGGGCCGGACGGUUACACAUCCGCGUUUUUUAAAAAAAAAUGGAACACCGUUGGUUUUGACUUUACUAGGGCCGUGAGGGGCUUCUUUGGCUCUGGCAGGUUAUUAAAGCAAACUAAUCAUACGGUUAUUGCUUUAAUACCUAAGACCAAUCACUCUCCCACACCGGCGGACUUUAGACCAAUUGCUUGUACUAACGUGGUCUACAAAGUCAUUACCAAAAUUAUUUCUAAGAGGAUGAUCCCGUGUCUACCGGACCUCAUUGACCACGCCCAAGGGGCGUUUGUUGAUGGAAGACUUAUGAUUGAUAAUGUCUUCGUUGCACAAGAAUUGAUUAAGGGAUACUCUAGGAAACGUGCAUCUCCUAGAUGUAUGAUAAAGGUUGACCUCCGGAAAGCCUACGAUACUAUAUCCUGGGAUUUCCUGGCUGCCAUGUUAACCCAUUUGGGCUUCCCGGGCAGAUUUAUACAUUGGAUUAUGGAGUGUGUCACCACACCUUCCUAUUCCAUAUCUAUUAAUGGGGUGCUUCACGGCCACUUUGAGGGUAAGAGAGGGCUUCGGCAAGGGGAUCCUAUGUCCCCCCUCUUAUUUGUCCUUUGCUUGGAGUAUUUUUCCAGAUUGUUGAACAUUAGGACCAAAAAUCCUAUGUUUAAACAUCACCCCCUGUGUGGAUCCCUUAACAUAUCACAUGUGGCAUAUGCUGAUGAUUUGAUGCUUUUUUCUAGAGGGGAUACCACAUCUAUACAGAUUCUCACACAGGCCCUGGAAGAUUUUGGUAACAUAUCUGGCCUUAGGGUCAACUAUGAUAAAUCAAAUAUCUUCCUUGGUGGUAAUGCAUAUUAUGACCUUGACACUAUACUAGAACUGGUGGAUUUCAAAAUUGGUACAUUCCCGGUCAAAUAUCUAGGGGUCCCCCUGGCACCCUUAAAAUUAUCUGUGGCCCAGUAUGCACCACUUUUGGAGUCCAUAACUACUUUCAUUAAUGCUUGGAGUAUUAAGUCUUUAUCUUAUGCAGGCAGAGUUGAGCUGAUAAAGUCAGUUAUACAGGGAGUGCACUCUUUUUGGUUACACAUGUUUCCCAUCCCUAAUGUUAUUCUUGAUAGGAUUACAUCCAUCUGUCGCAUUUUUCUUUGGGGAAGCAAAUUCGCUAGGGUUGCCUGGGCUGAUAUUUGCCUCCCUAAAGAAGAGGGUGGACUUGGCAUACACGACACGAAAGUUUGGAAUAAGGCUUUACUUUCAAAAACUUUUUGGGAUAUACAUACUAAAAAGGACACACUUUGGGUCAAGUGGGUCCAUGGGGUUUAUCUCAAGGGUAGGUGUGUGUGGGAGUUUGUCCCACACGAAAGAGAUUCACAAUUGUUUAAAAAGAUUGCACAAAUCCGAGAUGAAAUACUCUCCAAAUUCCAGGACAUCCCGAGUGCUAUACUUGGCUUAAGUGCUUUUCAAAUGAAUGGUAAGCUUGUAUCCUCCAAGGUUUAUGAUUUGCUUAGGCCUAGGGCUGCCACCCGAGUGUGGAUGCCGUUUAUUUGGAAAGACUACAUCCCUCCCAAGUUUUCCUUUGUUACUUGGUUGGCAUUCCGUAACAGAUUAGCCACGUGUGAUAAUCUUCAUAGAUUAGAUGUGGAUAAUACUUGUGUAUUGUGCAAGGGUGGACCGGAAACGGUUCCACACCUCUACUUUGAAUGUUUUUUUUCAGGAAAAGUUUGGGCUAUGAUGAAAGCAUGGAUUGGCAUUCCACGAAUGAUGGGGACCCUAGCUAGUGCGGUCAAAUGGAUCAAGAAGGAAAGGAGUGGAGCUAGUGUACGAGCCAAGGCUGCCAGGAUUGCUUUCUCGUGCACCAUAUACUCGCUUUGGAGAGUCAGGAAUGCAGCUCGAUUUGAUGAUUUUUUGCCAAAGGAGGAGGAAGUUUUUGCCAGGAUUCAAUAUGUUGUCUAUAAAAUUCUGUAUUGCAUCUAUCCUUAUGAUUUGGUAGUACUUUGAUAACUUUUCGCCCAUCACCUAUUUUUGUUUGUGAUAGGCCGUGAGGUAGUAUAGGGGGGGCUGCCAUGGCACCCUUAUUUUUGGCAGGUGAUGGGUUAUCCAAUAUUUGGAUAGCCUACAUUUUUGCUCAUAUUCUUUGCUGUACAGACGAACUAUUGACGGUUUUUUCUUUUUCUAAUAUACUUACAUGUUAUCGUCGAGUUGCAUUGGAUUCCUAUAUCAUAAAUACACAUUUCUAUUUCAG